UUAAUUUUAUAAUUACUUUCUUGCAUUUCAUUUUAACUUAUUCUAAAAAUGUUACAAUUCUUUCAUCAAAUUAAAAAUAAUUUUUAUUAUUUUUAUUUAAAAAUACAGUAUUAUUUGUAUGUAACUAUGAAAUAUUAAGUAAUACUUCGAAUUUUUAGGGAUGAGUUUUACUGUUAUUGUAGCAUUCAUCAUAUUUCUAGUAAAUCCUGUGACAUUGGAUAUAAUAAUGCCUUUAAACGAAUCUCGCAUUCAUUUCAAUGUCCUAUUUCCUUUCGAUCAAAGUGCGUAUAUUAAAAUGUUUUUAAUCUUAAAUUUUAUGUUAAUUCUGUUACUCGGAUUAUUAUCUAUAUUGGGUACAGAGUUAUUACUUAAUAUUUUUAGUUAUUAUAUAUGCAGACAAUUUCAUAUUGUCAGGUAAGUUGCUUCAUGAUGUUGCAUUUUGCAAUUUAUUUUUAUCUAUGUGAAUAUUUCGAAUAUUUUUUAGUUACCGAAUUCGAAAGAUCGUUGAAGAUCUCAGUGUAUCUACUCUGUCCAAGCAAAUAGACAUUAAAUUUACAGACAUGCAUCGAAUAAUGGACAUUUAUAAUGACGCUAUCGAGUUGGUAAAUUAAAAUAUUAUGAUAAAAAUAAUAAAGAUAACUUUUUAAAUAAUACUAAUUGUUCACAUUUCUUAUAUUGUCAUAUUUGGAAGGUAUAUUAAUUUAGCUACAAGUAAUGGAGCGACACAAUAUCUGAUAGCAAUCAUUAUAUGCAUAUUUUCAUUCUCUGUAAAUCUAUAUCGCGUAAGUAUUUUUGAAUGUAUUACGAUUUAUCAAUCUUAUUUUUAAAAAAUUUCUGAAAUCUUAGAUUUAGGAUCUCCAAUAUAUCACUGAUAAGAUUAUUAUAAGUAAAAUUUACAUUAAAACUCGAAUAAAUCCUAUCAAAAGGAAAAUUUCUCAAAAUUAAAAAAAUAAUUAUUCUCACUCCAUAGAUGAAAGAUCAUUAGAACUGUGGAAUUUUGUCCUUAAAAUGUUUAUUAAUAUAUCUUAUAUAAUUUUCAAUUUGCGAAAUUAAAGAAAACGUCGCUUAAAGAAAACAACAAUUUUUUUAUAGUUUAUCAUUAUUUAUCUCGUUGUUUCUUUUUCUCAUUCCCACUGAUUUAAUAUAGCAUAUAUUUUGUAUAUCAGUUAUAAAAUAAACGCGAUAUUCUCUAGAUUACUUACUAUUGAAAAUAUGAAUUUAAAUAUAUUUUUUUAUCGUUUCAUAGCUAUAUAAUGCAAUAAUAAAUAUGGAUAAUCGAAUAGAAAUCUUCGGUUCUGCUCUUAUCGUUACUUAUCAUUUAAUGAUCGCAUUUUACAAUAAUCACUGCGGACAAUUAAUUAUUGACAGUAGUCUUGACAUAUUCAAUGAAUUGUAAGUUUAAAUAAUUGUUAUAUUAUUACAUCUUUGUCGUUUAAGUAAUUCAUAUUUUAUGAAUUUGUUACGUUAAAAAUAUAAUGAUAUUGUUGGAAUAUAUUACAUGAUAAAAUAAUAUGCAGAUGUGCUUCUACAUGGUAUCGCAUUCCAUUAAAAGCGCAAAAAUUAUUAUUAUUUAUGAUACUGAGAACUUCAAUGGGUGCUGAAUUACGUCUUUCUGGUUUAUUCACUCCGUCUUAUGCAGGCUUUACGUCGGUAAUUUCUUUUCUAUUUUCUAUGAUCCUACAUCAUUUUGAAUACUUCAAUACUUUUAACUAUUGUAACAUUGCAGAUGAUGAGUUCGUCCUUCUCCUAUUGUGCUGUUAUAUACUCAAUUCAAUAAAUCGAAUAUUACUGGAAUGUUACUUCAGUAUAAGUAUUGCAGUUAUAUAAUAUUGUUAUACUCGUAGAUUUGAAUAAGGAUUAUUUGUUAAAUACAAAUAUAUUUGUUAAAUAUAAACAAUUUGAGUAAUAAUAUUCAAACAAAAUAAUGUUGUAUUUUUUAAAUCUAUUAAUCAUUUUCCAGUUACUAAAAUAUUUAUUGUUGUAAUAAUAUUUGGAAAUUAAUUUUUACAACACGAUUUAAAUUAUUUAUGCCAUAAUGUUCCGUCUUACUAUGUAUCGCGUGAAAUUAUUCCACUGUCCUUAUUUUUUUCUAUUACAAUUCUUCACAUUUUAACAUUUUAACAUUACAGAAGAAAUAGUGUCGUGAAUAACUGACGAUUGUAAGAUUACUGACAGAGCUUCUAUUCUUUACUUUCAAAUCGAGAAAAGACAAGGAAAUAUGAAUGAAAAUCUAUUAUGAAAUAACGAUCGCUCAGUAAUGAGUGCGAAGAAAAUCGAUCGAAUGCAAUUUACUAUAAUUUUCACGUUUAAUAGUUUAUAAGUGCAGAAAAAGUACACUAUAGAAUUUGAGAUAUAGAAAUAAUAAUGUGAAUAAUAUAUUAAACCGAGGUAUAGACGGAUGCUUCUUCGAAUUUUACGUGACAGUUAAUAUCUGGCAAGAACGAUGAACGUGUUCGACAAUCAGUAUCGUAUUUAUCGUAUUUUGUUAAAAAGUAUAGGACUAUGGCCAUACGACAACUCAAUCUACGUAUGGAUUCAAAGAAUAUGUAUAUUAAUGUACUUUCUUAUCGGUGUAAUGUUUCAGAUUAUUUUGCUUAUAAAAUCUGAAAUUACAUUACAAAAUUGCAUUGUCACGUUGUCUGAGACUUUUCCUCUGUUGCUAUUUUUUUUGCGAUAUCUUCAUUUUAUUACAGUGUUUUCUUACACAGAAUUUUUGUUCGAUGCCAUAUGUUCAGAAGAAUAUUUGUUACACGAUUCGAUAGAAAUACAAAUACAAACGAAAUAUCUCGAUAUUUCUAGGCAUAUCAUCUACAUUUUUUGCUGGAUGUCUUUUAUUUGUGUUGUAGCGAUGACUAUAUUUACACUAAAUCCCGUAACAUUGGAUGUAAUAAUGCCUUUGAAUAAAUCUCGCAUUCACUAUAAUUUCAUAUUCCUUUCCAACGAUCGAAAAACAUAUACUGAUAUUUUUUUGAUAUUAAAUUUAAUAAUAAUUCUGAUAUUUGGAUUAUUAUCUAUAAUAUGUACAGAAUCGUUAACUAAUAUUUUGAGUUACUAUAUAUGCAGACAAUUUCAUAUUGUCAGUUAUCGAUUACGGAAGAUCAUUGAGGAUCUCAGUAUGCCAAAUCUGCCUAAGAUAGACUUGAAACUUACAGACAUUCAUCGAGUAGUGGACAUUCAUUGCAAUGCUAUCGAGUAUGUCAAUAUAGCCUCAAGUAAUGUAGCGACGCAAUAUCUGAUAGCGAUCAUUAUAUGCAUAUUCUCAUUUUCUGUAAAUCUAUAUCGCCUGUAUAAUGCAAUAAUAAAUUUGGACAAUCGAAUAGAAAUCUUCGUUUCUACUGUUAUAGUUACUUAUCAUUUAAUGAUCGCAUUUUACAAUAAUCAUUGCGGACAAUUAAUUAUUGACAGUAGUUUGGACAUAUUUAAUGAAUUAUUUGAUUCUACGUGGUAUCGUAUUCCAUUAAAAGCGCAAAAACUAUUAUUGUUUACGAUAUUGAGAAGUUCAAUCCAUUGUGAAUUACGUAUUUCUGGUUUAUUCACUGCGUCUUAUGCAGGCUUUACAUCGAUGAUGAGUUCGUCCUUCUCCCAUUGUGCCGUUAUAUACUCAAUUCAAUGAAUAUAAUCGAAUAUUAUUGGAAUAUUACUUCAAUAUUGCAAUUAUAUGAUAUUGUUAAGAUUUGAAUAACGAAUAUUUGUUAAACA